AUGGCUAAAAUGAUUUCAGCCAGGAUGAAGCCACUCAUGGAUGAUAUUAUUUCUGAUACACAGAGUGCAUUUAUACCUGACAGAUUGAUUACAGAUAAUAUUUUGAUAGCGGCAGAGGUUGGCCACUUUCUGAACAGAAAACAAUGUGGAAAGGUGGGAUGGGGUGCUUUAAAGCUGGAUAUGGCGAAAGCGUAUGAUCGUAUGGAAUGGCCUUUCCUACGAAACAUGUUAACAGCUUUGGGCUUUAGUAAUAUAUGGGUGGAGUUAAUCAUGUUAUGUGUGACUACUGUGUCAUAUAAUAUCAAACUGAAUGGAACCCGAGGUUUGCCAAUCAUCCCAUCUCGCGGACUCAGGCAGGGAGACCCAUUAUCCCCGUAUCUAUUUAUUAUCUGUGCAGAGGGACUAUCUUUAUUGCUACAACAGGCACAGAUUCAGGGAGCAAUUCAUGGGUGUAGAGUUGCAAGGGGUGCACCUUCUAUUUCACAUCUAUUCUUUGCUGAUGACAGCCUACUAUUUUUUAAAGCAAAUGUGCAGGAAGCAAGUGCGAUAAAGCAGUGUUUGACACGGUAUGAAAAUUUAUCUGGCCAAGUGGUAAAUUAUCAUAAGUCCAGCAUAUGUUAUAGCAAGAACACACAGGAUGAUAGUAGGGAGGAAGUGGCGCAGAUACUGGGGGUUACUCAGGCACCAAACUUUGGAAAAUAUUUGGGACUACCCUCAUUUGUAGGGAGAAAUAAAAAAGCAGCAUUUUCAUAUAUUGAGGAUAAGAUAAGGCAAAGAAUCCUAUCUUGGAAUAAGAAAUUGUUAUCGCAAGCUGGUAAGGAAAUCUUGUUGAAAAGUGUGGCUCAGGCAAUGCCCACCUUUUCAAUGAGUGUCUUUUUAUUACCUAUGGGGAUUUGCACAGCUAUUGAGCGAACAAUGAACCGGUAUUGGUGGGGAUCUGGGAAUGAACGAGGAAUCCAUUGGAAGGCAUGGGACAAAUUGUGUAUACCAAAAAAGUAUGGUGGCUUGGGUUUUAAAGAACUGCACACAUUUAAUAUAGCAAUGCUGGGCAAACAGGCAUGGCGCUUGUUAACAAAACCUGACUCUCUGGUCUCACGAGUUUACAGAGCGAGAUAUUACCCAAAAGGGACCUUUUAUGAUGCCAAAGUAGGAAAUAACCCCAGUUUCUGUUGGCGUAGUAUAAUGGCAGCUCAGAGCAUGAUUUGUAGCGGAACGAGGCGCAGAAUUGGAAAUGGAAAGACAACUCUAAUCUGGGACCACCCAUGGUUACAAGAUGAACACGACCCAAUGGUUCAUACUGAUAAGCCCCCAUAUUUAAAUAAUGCAGCAGUGUUGGGAUUAAUUGAUCAUGAGACACAAACCUGGGAUCCGGAUAUUUUGGCAGAUAUUUUUAUUCCUACGGAUGUGGCUAGGAUAAAAAGGAUUCCAGUAUCACCGGACUAUGAGGAUAUGUGGUAUUGGCAUGGUGAUCAGGGAGGUAAUUAUACUGUUAAGAGUGGCUACAAAGCAGUUGUGGGAGAUCUCAAUGAUAAUACAGACACGCAUAAUUGGUUACGCCUAUGGAAAUUAAAAGUUCCCCCCAAAUGGAAGACAUUCUUGUGGAAGGCUUUGAGUGGUAUCCUCCCUACUACAACGAAUUUGAUUAUAAAGAGGGUGGAAAUCCAACCAAUACGUGCUAUGUGUGGAAUAAUGGAUGAAGACACAAUGCAUGCUUUAGUAACAUGUGGUUAUGCAAGUUCCAUUUGGGCUCAAUCUCACCUUCCAAUCCCCAUGAUAGCAACAAAUGUUUUUCAUACUUGGUUUAGUGAGCUAUUAAAUAUUUUAGACACUAACCAAAUUGUUCACGCAGCUGCAAUAUUAUAUCAUAUUUGGAGAGCCAGGAACGGAGCGGUAUGGGACGCGUGUCUACCGCGACCACGAAAAGUGUUAGCCUUGGCCGAAGCAACCGCACUUGCAUGGCAAAGAGUCCACCACACCCACCCACAAACGGACCAAGGGGCUGCCGCACAAAGCAGUGCUACUGCCACUGCCGUGACACGGCAGCAGCAGCACUACAACACGGCAAAUGCCGUGACUGCUAUGGGGAUCGCCCAAGAGGGCGCACGGAACGAGCCUGCCGAGCCGAGACGGAGAUGCUAUGUCGAUGCUGGAUUCAUGCCAGCUACAGGAAGGGCUACGGUUGGCGCGGUUUUGUUCGACGAGGAAGGGGGAUAUGUAUCGGCAUUCAGUGCACCCUUGUCAGAUUGUCUGUCCCCGCUUAUGGCUGAAGCAAUAGCAUGUAAGGAAGCCUUGUCUUGGUUAUGGAAUCGUGGAGAGCGCUCAGUACACAUACUCACGGAUUGUUUGACCCUGCAACAGUAUUUGACAAAUCAAGCUAUCACUGUUCGGACUUACGUUGGCUAUGCCAUUGAUGCUUGUAGAGCAUGCAUUAUUUCUUUUGAUUAUUGUUCAGUUAAUUUUAUUCCUAGAUCAGAGAACUAUUUAGCACAUAGUCUAGCGGCUACUGCAUUUAAUUCUUCUACGAUUAUGUAUUCGGACGAUGUCCCUCCAGACUCUAUUUCUGAGUACCUUUAA